AUCCCGUCCAGGGCAGCGACAAAGUCAGCGAUAACAUGGUCGACUUCGUCAAUGCCAGCGAGAACAGUGAUGAUAUCAGAACUCGGGUUGGUGUACUUCUUAGUUAAGACGCCACCUAAGAGAGUUGUCAAGGUCUGUUUUGUGAAGCUCUCAAUUUGAUGGAGAUUUUCCAGAAGCUGCCUCCUUUACGGCCCUGGAGAACAGCUGUUGAGUGUGAAACUAGGGGUUAUGUUAGUCAAGUCCUCAACGAUUAUGAUUCUGUAAAUCAUUUGUCAGCAGAUUCGGCUACAGUGGCUAUGAAUAAUAACAGCUGGAACAUACAAGAAAUAGAGUUUCGUAUAGCUUGACGAUCUUUGGCUGGAAGGUGUCCGGUCUGGAUUGCUGCGUCAGAGGAGAAGCUUCCAUGAUUUUUGGGGAAGAGGAUGCCCGACGGUUGUGUAUUGUCAACGUCUAUUAAUGGUGAACGAAUAAGAUCCAGGGAAUCGAAUGGCGUUCAUUAUCCCCAGGAGCAGAGCGCUCAACCGCGGAGUUGGUGGUAACAAGCCUCGAAAUACCCGCUUUGUCAGCAUUAGCCGCGCGAUAACCAACUGGCGUCAUUUGUGCCACACCACCUCGCCACACACAUGCCCCAGCCACCAACCAGAAUGCGUUGAAACCCAACCAUGCUGAUUGGUGGAUUUGGGCUGAAGAUCAUUAGUCACCCGCCCCCGGACCGUCUUAUGCCGAGUCCCUUUUUGUCUGAUGCUGCAUUUAUAAGUUGAACCUAAAACCCCCUUCACUUCCCAUCCCAACAAGCUGACCUCCAAGGACACAUUUCUACCAUAAACCAGGUCUCAUUUUCCAUACUCGCUCACUCCCUUGUACCAACAUCCCUUUUGGGGCUGUAUAUACCUUAUAGACUACUGCCAAUUCGUCUUCUACUGCAACCAUGUCGUUCUGUUCGAGUCUUCACCCUCCAGUGACAUCAUCUGGCCUGCUCAGAUCAGUCACCACCAAGUUGGCUCGACGACGAGCAUGUCAUCUUAGCCUCCGAUCGUUCUCCUCACACGGCUCAUCUAAUUAUUCCUCGAAACGAAAAUUACAGACCGCAACCGCCUAUCAACCCUACUCUCUUCCAGACUCUUUUCCCCCGCCCGCCCGGAAUUCGGGUAGCGCCUCUGAAUCCUCAAUCACUGUCAAGAAUCCUGUGCUCAGCAAAUGGCAAUCAAAAUCAAAUAGUCAACCACAGCCACAACAACCUAAGAGCGAUGAAUCCGUCAAAGAGACGAGUACAACCAGUUCCUCUGAAACCGAGGCCCAAAAGUCAAAACCAACAUCUCCCUCAUCACCAUCAACCUCCGCCUCCGCCUCCGCAACUGCAACCGCCACUCCUGCAGCGCCUGCGCAAUCUGAAACACCCAAAAAACCGCGCCGCGUGAGCAGACUGAAAGCCCGCAAAAUCGCCAUGCACAUCACUCCCGAAGCUAUUGUACAUUUACGACGUCUAACCGACCAGCCGGAUCCGAAGCUAGUUCGAGUUGGCGUAAAGAAUAGAGGAUGCUCAGGCUUAUCUUACCAUCUGGAAUACGUGGAUAAAGCCGCGCCAUUUGAUGAGGUGGUGGAGCAAGACGGAGUUAGGAUCUUGAUUGACAGCAAAGCUUUGUUCAGCAUAAUUGGUAGCGAGAUGGACUGGCAGGAGGACAGCCUGGCUAGCCGGUUUGUGUUUAGGAAUCCUAAUAUCAAGGACGAAUGCGGCUGCGGUGAAUCAUUCAUGGUGUAAACGCUAGUUGCAACCAAAGAUUUCUCUUCUCUUACGUAUUGGGAUUUUGUUUUAUAGGUGCAUGCACGGGCGUUAUAUAUAUCUCCCGAGUGGAUUAAUAUCCGGAAAUUGGAUUUGAGAUCUUUUCUUUGCUGUUUUAAGUCUUAUGAUAGCCUUUGAUAUUUUUGUUUAUACAUAUAUGCACUUUUUGAAUAUACCCGUCUCCACUACCUGCACAUCUCGUUCUAGAGAAAUUCUUCCGCUCUCCCCCUUCUUAUUUCUUUUCUUUAUUUAUUAAUUGAAAGCCAAACUAACAUGGUUGAGGUUCGCGACAUAUAUAUAUAUAUAUAUAUAUACGGCUAAUGUGGAACAAUUCUGUGGGAUGGAUGGUUAAUCUCUUGAUAUUGGGAGGAGCUAGCUACGCUACUAUUAGCGCAAUAUCAUUAGUGUAGUUAACAACUAAAGCUCUUAGCUAAAUUCUAUAUAAUUUGAUUUGUUGAUACAGA